AUGGCCGGGGGUGCUACUAACGGUGUCAAUGGAGUGACAAAUGGCACCCAUACAACUACAAAUGGAACAAAUGGGACGAAGGCGAGCACCAGCUCACCCCCAAGCCAGAGCACAGCUCCUCGAGCUAAGAGAGGAGAUGUUGAGGGCACUUUCGCAAAAUACGCCCAACUGAUUCAUGCCUCUAGACGCCCUUUGCCUAACCAGUCAGGAGAUGGCUCGUACCUCAGAGAAGAGACCAAAUAUACCAGCACUCUUUCCGAUCUGCGGACUAUGGGAUGGAAGGGCAUUUCCACUUUGCUGGCAGUCAGGAAACACAAGAAGAGUGGAAAGCUCGACAACGAUCGAGAGUACAUUAUGGAGCGUGUUAUCAACCUCGUUGCAGGCCUCCCACCACAAUCGAAGAUGCGCAAGGACUUGAUGAAUACCUUUGUGAAGCAGCUUUGGGACUCUCUCCUCCACCCUCCACCAACCAUGUUGGGCGAUGAUUACAAGUACAGGAGCGCAGAUGGAUCUUACAACAACCCAAUGCUUCCAAUGCUGGGAGCAGCAAACACUCCUUAUGCUCGUUCCAUAAUUCCAGAGUCAAUCCAACUAGGAUCCCUUCCCGACCCAGGGCUCAUCUUCGAUAGCAUCUUUGCGCGUGAGAAAUUCAAGCCUCACCCGAACGGAGUUUCUAGCGUCUUCUUCAACUGGGCAUCUCUGAUCAUCCAUGAUUUAUUCCAAACUGACUAUCGAAACCCUCACAUUUCGGAAACUUCUUCGUACCUCGAUCUCUCCAUCUUAUACGGAGACAACCAAGAUGACCAGAACAAGGUGCGAACCUUCAAGGAUGGUAAACUAAAGCCCGAUUGCUAUUCUGAAGCACGUCUUCUUGCCUUCCCUCCGGCUUGCAGCGUUAUCCUCAUCAUGUUGAACAGAUUCCACAACUAUGCUGUAGAGCAGCUCGCCGCUAUUAAUGAAGGUGGCCGGUUUGCCAAACCAAGAAGUGGAAUGAGCCCUGAAGCCACUGAGAAGGCCUGGGCUAAAUAUGACAAUGACCUUUUUCAGACUGGACGAUUGAUUACUUGUGGACUAUAUAUUAACAUCACGCUUUACGACUACGUCCGUACCAUUAUCAACUUGACCCGCAGCAACACUACUUGGAGUUUGGACCCACGAGUUGGCAUGCGUGAGGGUGCAGUUCCUGAGGCUGCUGCUAGCGGAAUUGGUAACCAGGUCUCCAUGGAAUUCAACCUGGCUUACCGCUGGCAUUCCUGCAUUGGUGCUGCUGAUGAGGACUUCACCAACAAUACUUAUCAGCAGAUGUUCGGAAAGAGUGGUGAAGACCUCUCUAUUCCAGAGCUUGUUGGAGGACUGGGUAAAUGGCAGGCUAGCAUUCCUGAUGACCCAGCUGAGAGAACCUUUGCUGGGCUCAAACGAAAGACUGAUGGCACCUUUGACGAUGGUGAACUCAUGAACAUAAUGACUGAAGCCAUCGAAGAGGUCGCUGGAUCCUUCGGUCCUAAAAAUGUUCCAAAGGCACUCCGUGGCGUUGAGAUCCUCGGCAUGCAAAUGGCCCGUAAAUGGGGUUGCGCCUCUCUCAAUGAGUUCCGCAAAUUCUUCGGAUUAAAGGAGUACCAGACUUUCGAGGAGAUCAACUCCGACCCAGAGAUCUCUGGAGCUCUUCGCAAUCUCUACGAGCAUCCGGACCACGUUGAAUUGUACCCCGGUAUUGUUGCCGAGGAGCCAAAGAUUCCAAUGGUUCCUGGAGCUGGUAUCUGUCCAACAUACACUAUUUCUCGCGCCAUUUUGUCUGAUGCUGUGGCGUUGGUCCGUGGAGAUCGUUUCUACACUGUAAGACUUUUGGCACCUUGA